AUGGCGACGGAGCGGUCGCUGAAGCGCAAGGCGGCGCCCGAGAACGGCCUGGAGUACGCCACGGUCGCCGGCGCCGCCAUCAAGCGCCUCGCGAUCGCGCAGGACUCCUGCACAAUCGACCAGGGUGGACGCGACGAGGCGCACACGGCGCGCCACACGGAGACGGAGGCGCAGGCGGGGACGUACAUGACCGCGGAGGAGCACCUGAAGCAGCAGGACAGGCGCGCGUCGAACGACGGCGGCGCGGAGGCCCCGCAGUCGGAGGCGGAGGGCGCACACACGUCGCCGGAGCGGGUGCGGAGGCACAGCGUGGGCGAGGCCGAGAGGGACCACGCGUGGUACGCGGAGGUGAACGGGCUGCUCCGGGGGCUGCAUUUCGAGCGGCGCAAACGGCACGAGGGCAGCUGA